UUGUGCGACGUUUCGGGAGCCAUGGGAAGGCCGUGGGGUCCUUCCAUGAGGGUGGCGGAGCAGGCGGGCUGCGUGGUGAGCGCCUCGCGGGCCGGGCAGCCCGACGCGGGCUCAUGGAGUUGCAGCGGGGUGAUCCUGAGCCGCAGCCCAGGCCUGGUGCUCUGCCACGGGGGUAUCUUCACCCCCUUUCUUCGGACCGGCAGCGCGGCGCUGACCCAGACCGGCACCGCUUUCCUGCCUGGCGACAGUUGCAGCGAUGACCUGCGCCUGCACGUGCAGUGGGGACCCACGGCUGCCAUCCCCGCGGGCCGUGGGGAGCAGGAACUCCCGGGGCUGUGCACGCCUCAGUGCGCAAGCCUGGACCUCGAGCCCGACGCCCCGAGCCGGCCCCGCGCGCGGCCCCUGCAGCCCCCGCGAUCGGCGCAGCUGCUGUUGCUGCUCAGCUGCCCGGCCUUCCGCUCCCACUUCGCGCGGCUCUUCGGGGCCGAAGCGGCCGAACAGUGGCACUUCGUGAGCUCGGCGCCCGACGUCGCGGUGUCGGAGGAGGAGGAGGAGGACCAGCUGCGCGCUCUCGGGUGGUUUGCGCUGCUGCGGGUGCAGCCGGGAGCGGCGGAAGAGAGGCGCGGGCCGCCGUUGACCGUGGCACGGCUGGGAACCGUGGCCAAGGGCGCACCGCUGCUGGCUUGUGGCUCUCCGUUCGGUGCCUUCUGCCCGGACAUCUUCCUUAACACGCUCAGCCGCGGCGUGCUCAGCAACGCAGCCGGACCGCUACUGCUCACCGACGCGCGCUGCCUACCGGGCACGGAGGGCGGCGGAGUGUUUGCGGCGCGACCUGCGGGGGCGCUGGUGGCGCUGGUGGCCGCGCCCCUCUGCUGGAAGGCCCGCGAGUGGGUGGGCCUCACGUUGCUCUGCGCCGCCGCGCCGCUGCUCCAGGUUGCCCGAUCCGCGCUCGCCCGCCUGCAUCCGGGCUCAGCCUCUCUGUCCGCGCUGCAGCCGCCGGAGGUGGGCGUGCCGCGGGACCUGCCGGUGCAAGACUUCGGACCCCCAUGGGCAGCUGCGGCCGUGCUGGUGGAAUGUGGUACCGUGUGGGGCUCUGGAGUGGCCGUAGCACCUCGCCUGGUGGUGACCUGCCGUCACGUGGCUCCCCGGGAAGCAGCCAGGGUCCUGGUACACGCGGCCACCCCCAAGGAUGUGGCAAUCUGGGGACGAGUGGUGUUUGCCACUCUGGAGACCUCGCCAUAUGACAUAGCAGUGCUGAGCCUAGAAGAGGACCUGAAGGGUGUUCCCACGCCUGUCCCCGCCGAGCACUUCCAUGAAGGUGAGCCUGUCAGUGUGGUGGGCUUUGGUGUCUUUGGCCAGGCUUGCGGACCCUCGGUGACCUCAGGCAUCCUGUCAGCCGUAGUGCACGUGGAUGACACCCCAGUGAUGCUACAGACCACGUGCGCCGUGCAUGGAGGCUCCAGCGGAGGACCCCUCUUCUCCACACGCUCAGGGGACCUCUUGGGCAUUGUUGCUAGCAACACUCGGGACAACAAUACAGGGGCCACCUACCCACACCUGAACUUCAGCAUUCCCAUCACAGUGCUCCAGCCAGCCCUGACGCAGUAUAGUCAGACUGGCGACCUGUGUGGCCUUCGAGAGCUGGACCAUGCCACUGAACCUGUCAGGGUGGUGUGGCGGCUGCAGCGGCCCCCGCCUGAAGCCCCAAGGAGCAAGCUCUGAGAUUGUCCUUCUUCUGGGAGAAGGCAGACCGCUCGAUGGCGAUGAAUAGUGUGUUGACGUGGCAACUGUGACACCUCAGUCCCCUGCCCAGGCACAGCCCAAGCCACCACCUCAUCUUCACCCACUGACCGUCCAGGAACAAACUCCUGUGCAACUCUGUGGGUCUACUUUGGGAUGCUUUCUUGAGCCUGUCCUAUGUGUCUCUCAGAACUAGCUCAGCAGUAUCAUUGUUCCCUCUGGGGGGUUCUAGCCCAUUGGGCUGAUGCUGCUGGAAGGGUGACCCAAGCCCAGUUUGGCAUCUCUCCACCUGACAGCCCCUGGCUACCUGAAGUGAAGGGCUAGGGCUCUGUCCUGAUGCUCUCUGUACUCUGCAUGGCAGCCCAGAGUCCCAGCAGCCGGUAACAGGAGUGUCUUCCUAUUGCCGCAGUGACAUACAGGCAGAUCCCUGAGAGCCACCUGGGCCUUCGCUCUGACACAGUGCCUUCAUUUUCUAGCCCAGAGCCUGGGACUCAGGUGGUGUGUGCGAUGGGAGCUGGGGAAUAAACAGUCUGAUGGCGUCA